AUGUGUCAUCGGCAGUUGAUCACCUCCUGGUUUUCCCUGGUGAUGCUAGUGUCUCCUCUCGUGGCCAUAUGGGAACUGGAGAAAGAUGUUUACGUCGUGGAGUUGGACUGGCACCCUGAUGCUCCUGGAGAGAUGGUAGUUCUCACCUGUGACACUGCUGAGGAAGAUGGCAUCACAUGGACCUCAGACCAGAGUGGUGAUGUCUUAGGCUCUGGUAAAAACCUGACCAUCCAAGUGAAAGAGUUCAGAGACGCCGGACGGUACACUUGUCACAAAGGAGUCGAGGUUCUGAGCCAUUUGCUCCUGCUACUUCACAAAAAGGAGGAUGGAAUUUGGUCCACUGAUAUUUUAAAGGACCAGAAAGAACCCAAAAGCAAGACCUUUCUGAAAUGUGAGGCAACAAGUUAUUCUGGAUGUUUCACCUGCUGGUGGCUGACAGCAAUCAGUACUGAUGUGACAUUCAGUGUCAAGGGCAGCAGAGGCUCCUCUGAGCCUUCAGGAGUGACUUGUGGAGCAGCAACACUGUCCGCAGAGAGGGUCAGAGUGGACCACAGGGAGUAUAAGAAGUACUCAGUAGAGUGCCAGGAGGACAGCACCUGCCCCGCCGCAGAGGAGAGGCUACCCAUUGAGGUGGUGGUGGACGCUAUUCACAAGCUCAAGUAUGAAAAGUAUACCAGCAGCUUCUACAUCAGAGACAUCAUCAAGCCAGACCCACCGAAGAACCUGCAGCUGAAGCCAUUAAUGAAUUCUCAUCAGGUGGAGGUCAGCUGGGAGUAUCCUGACACCUGGAGCACUCCACAUUCCUACUUCUCCCUGACGUUUGCAGUUCAGGUCCACGGCAAGAAUAAGAAAGAAAAGAAAGAUAGACUCUCCACCGACAAGACCUCAGCCACAGUUUCAUGCCACAAGAAUGCGAAGGUGUACGUGCAAGCCCGGGACCGAUACUAUAGCUCAUCUUGGAGCGAAUGGGCCUCUGUGUCCUGCAGUUAGGUUCCAAUCCCAGAACGAAACUUCAGAGGAAAAAAGGAAGAGAUUAGGCAAAAGAUCUUAAAGCCAUGAUGGAAUAGACUGAACAAGACAUUUUAUUAAUUUGUUUUUUAAAAAUUUUAGGAUCUUUGCUAUCUUUUUAUAUUUAGAGGCUAAAUGCACACUGACACAAUGAGCUCAUCUAUUUAUAGGUUUUUUGACACUCUAAUUGCCACUGACCUUAAUUGUAUUUAAAUAUUUAAGUAAUAUAUGUAUUUAUUAAUUUAUUGCUGUUAUUUAAUGUUUAUGUGCCAAGAUAUAUUGAGUGUUUCAUACGUUCACGACCUGAUCUAUAUGGAUCAUGCUCUUUGAUGCAAAAUGUGAAUUUAAGUGUUAUUUAUAUUGACAAUUUUUCAAGCAAGACUUCGGGUACAUUGGUUUUAUGACAACUAGAAAGAACACAAUGUUCUGAUGCCAGCACUAUUAUGUAUUUGUGAUGAAUGGAAGGACAAGAGAUAUUUAAAUAGAAACAUAGAGACAGGAAGCUAUGGGGGAGAGCCUGAAAAAGUCAAUAAUAGUUCCAAUGAAGACUUCCUAGAAGUGGUAUUAAUAAGCAAUUCAGAGCCACCUGCACUUCCAAGCAAGUUUAGCCCUUAGAUGCCUGAAUUUUAAAUAGGCAAACAAAUCAACAAAAAGAUUGAAAUUGAAUUUCAGCUUCCACCUCCCUGGGAGUCCCCACCCCCACUUCUGUAAGACACAAGAGGGUGGCCCAGAAAUAUCAUAGGUGACUGGAAGAUAAAAAGCUCUUUGGAUUCAAGAGGGAAAACAGUUCAGUUCUGGCACAGGACAUAACACUGUCAGAAUUGCCAGUAGCUUCUUAACAGUGACACGUAAAAGCAGAGAAAACUUCCCCAUCAGCAUGUGUGAAUCUGUGGUGCUGAUAGGACCAGAAAGUAUCACUCUAGUUAGGUGCUAGUUUAAGUAAUGAACACGCUUUCCAUAAAAUGAUUAUGCUUGA